AUGGCAAGUCAAAGUGAUCAUCAAGCAAAACCGAGCUUUGGUUUUGCUUUAAUGGAGGCGUCGUCGGAGUUGAAGGAUAUCAACCAGAAAAGUAGUAAUCAUCAUCAUGCAGCUGCAGAUUCAGAAGGGAUUCUUGAGAAUAUAUGGGCUAGGGUUGUAAACACAGCAGAAUCAUCGAAGUCAUGGGAAGGGCUUCCGAAUCUUGAUGGAAGAGAUGAAUCAAAGGAGAUCCUACAAAGGCUUCCAAGUUUGGGAAGAUGGAUAUCAAUGGGAGCUGAGGCAUGGGAAGAAAUUUUAGCUGAUUUUCCACAGAAUCUUCUUCAAGACACAUGCAAUUAUAACAACAAUCUGGGAAAUUUCUGCAGAAACAUUGAAUCCAAUUGUAAAAAUGUAGAACAACAAGAAAAAGAAGAAGUAGAUGGCACUGUGAGGCCAAAGAAUAUGGAAGGUGAAAAAAGAAGACACUAUAGAGGAGUGAGAAGAAGGCCAUGGGGAAAAUAUGCAGCAGAAAUCAGGGACUCAUCAAGGAAUGGAGCUAGAGUUUGGCUUGGAACAUUCGAAACAGCUGAAGAAGCAGCUUUAGCUUAUGAUAAGGCAGCUUUGAGAAUUAGAGGUCCUAAGGCAUAUUUGAAUUUCCCAAUUGAGAUUGUUGCGAAUGCUUUAGGGUUUGAUCUCAAAGGAAGUGACAGUGUCAAUAAUAAACCAAUUAUUACUAACUCUGCUUCAACUUGUGAGGAGCAUUAUUAUUCCAGGAAAAGAAGAUUGAGAAAUAUUGAAGAACCUGCGGCUAAAAAGAUGGCGAAUUUGGGGGAUGAAGUAGAUGUUGUUGUGUUUCAGGACUUGGGGAGUGAUUACUUGGAGAGUUUAUUAUCUUCCUUUUGA